GAACAUUUGCAUCUUUAACUUGGAUGGUCCAAGACUCUUGUCCAUAGAGGACCACCGGGCGAAUCAAUGUGGGACAUAUUUCACAUUUCUCAUCUUCUCGAUCUCAGCAGUCAGUGAAGCCCUUAGUAUGAACAAUUUCCCUGGACGAUGUGUCUCCGGAUUUCGCUGCUGAUGUCGUUGUCCGAAGUAGCGACCCGACCGUCCCUAGAUAGCAGCACUCCUUUACUACCUCGAGAUUUUUGCCAUCACUGCUUCCCAGAUGGCGAAAACAUUAAAUUGUAAACAAUUAAAAUGAUAAAAUAGCGAAAAUACGAACAACAAACUCGGAAUUCCGUUGAAUUGUGUAUAGACCGCGUGCAUCGCUCGUUGCAAUCCUCCCCCAAAAGCACACCUUGACUAUAACAUCCUUGUGGUUCGUCUGUUCUGCGAAACGUCACAAAGCGCGGCAGAAUAGCAUAAACAGAGCGCGAUUUCCUUCGUACUUUUUUCUACCCCGAGUAUGAACGUUUUGGGAAGAAGAACAAUAAAUUAAACCGUUUCAGCAGUUGUACAUGGAGCAGUUCCGCCCGCGGUGCAGUGCGUUUGAACCAUUUGUGUGUCGUGCUUUGGCUCGGAUUGUACACAACCACACGGCUGUUGGGCCCUGGGCAUCAUGGAUCCACCGUCGAACAAGGGCAGGCUGCCGUUAACUAACGUUUCCAACAAUGUUAAUCAGCGACAGUGUAAAAGCAACGUACCACCGGCGCACCACGAUCCACUGUCGGAAGAGCAGCUCAAAUACGCACCUCAUGGCAGCGAGGAAGCAUUCUUCAUGUACCGGAAGAACCAGCGGAAGGCAACGUACGGUGAGGAAGAUCUUUUCAGCCUCCUCUCGGACGAGGUGCUGCUGCACAUCCUGAAAUGGCUGCCCAAAAAGACGCUCCUGAGCUGCGGCCAGGUGAACCGGCGCUUCAACCGGGUGUCUAAGGACGAAACGCUCUGGUACCGGUUGGAUCUCAGCAAUCGAACGCUCCAGUUCGACGGGCUGGUGGAAGUGCUGAGCCGCGGCGUCGUCGUGCUACGGCUGGCCCAAACAUCCAUCGUUAAUCCCACGCCGGACUCGAACUAUCUGGAGUUUCCGGCCUGCAUUAAGGUACAGUAUUUGGAUCUCAGCAUGUGCACCGUCAGCGUGGCCGUGCUGGGCGCUCUGCUGGCGAACUGCCGGGCGCUGGUCAAGCUGAGCCUCGAGAACGUGCCGCUGGAUGGGCGCAUCUGUGCGGAAAUAGCCGAAAACCGAAAGCUAGAGGCACUGAAUCUCACCAUGUGCUCGGGCAUCGAUGCGACGGGGAUGCGACUGAUGGCGAAAGCCUUGACGAGACUGCACAGCUUGAACGUGAGCUGGACUAGCCUAAGUGCCGAAGCCGUCCAGGAGUUGGUGCGGAACCUAACGCCGCAAAUAGUGCACCUGAACUUGUCGGGCUGCCGGUCCACCCUCACCGAUGAGAAAGUGGCUGUACUGAUCAAACGCUGUACAAAGCUGGUCGCGCUCGAUCUGUCGGACUGUACGCCCUUGACGGAGGCUGUCAUAAAGACACUUUGCAAGGCUCGAAAGAUAGAAUACUUGUCGUUGUCGCGGUGCUACAACAUUCCCGUCACCGCAUACUUGAACUUGACCGAACUAAAAACGCUCCGAUUUUUAGACCUGUUUGGGCUCGUAUCCGACCAAGCGAUUGCUACACUGAAGAACUCGCUGGUCGACAUUGGCAUUAACAAGUACUAUCACAGCUCCGUUGCGCGGCCCACGGUCGGUACGAAACGAACCUCGAUCUGGGGUCUACGAACGCGUGAUUGAGCCCUUGGUUAAGGAAGUGUAGUGUGACAAAUAAAAGCUUGCGCCAUGUGUUGAUUAAA